GUUUGUGGUAAUCUGUUCUUUCCAACAAGAACAAGAACAAAGCCUUUUAAUCCCAAACAAGUUGAAACCCAACAUGAGCCACCAACAAAAAGGGAAAAGAAAGAUAACAAAAAUAAUAUAUAAGUAAUCUGUUAGAUAUAUGUAUAUCUAGGGGGUUAAUUGUAUAUUGCUUACUUGUAACUCAAGUCAUUAUUGACUAUAUAAUCAAAGCCACCGAACCCAAGGGGUAUGAGGUGUUUGCCUUAAUUCUGCAUGGUAUCAAGCUACUAGGGUUUAUACCCUCCCGAUCCCUACCCUUCCACUGCCCUAACCCCCUGGCCGCCUCCACCACCGCCGUGCCCUAGGGCGCCGCUGCUCCACCAGCCGCCGCCCCCCUCAGGCCGCCGCUUUUUCCCCCAGCCGCCGUCUCUCUCAGGCCGCCGCUCCACCUCCCACCAUGUCUACCUCUUCUGCAACCUCUGCUGCAACCUCCGGCACCCAGAGUGCCGACCUCUCCUCUCUCGGAUCUGGUGAAGGCGCCCCCAUCAUCGCGCCCCCUACGCCGCCGUCAACGUGAAGCACCAUGUUCCCAUCACGUUGGAGUUGGCUCACCCUAACUACAACAAGUGGGCUGCCUUCUUCACCUCCCUCUGCGGCAAGUUCUACCUCGGCGGCCACGUUGACGGCUCUCUGGCACUUGCUCCCACCGAUGCAUCGUGGGUUGCUGCAGACUGCGCUGUUCGUGGAUGGAUCUACGGAUCUGUCGCUGACGACGUCCUCGACCUUGCCAUGGCUCCCGAGCAUCGUGACCUAUGGGUCGCGAUCGCGGAUCUGUUCCAGGCCAACAAGGCGCCACGUGCUGUCUUCCUUGCGGAACAGUUCCAUUCAAUGACACAGGGCGACCUCUCCAUCGACCAGUUCUGUCAACGCAUGAAGCAGACCGCUGAUUCCCUCCAUGACGUCGGCCACACCAUCCUCGACUCCCAGCUCGUGCUGAACCUUCUGCGUGGUCUCAACCCACGCUACUCCAGCACUGCCGACGACAUUGUCAACAAGGACGUGCUGCCGUCCUUUGCUGCUGCUCGCAACAUGCUCGUCCUCAAGGAGCUUCGCCUCGCCAACGAGUCCAAGGUGCAGACUGGUACUGCUCUGCUUGCAGGCCCUCCGUCGUCGUCUACCUGCACCAAUGCAUCCUGCCGCUCCUCCAACUCUGGUUCUCCCGCCGCCCCUCCUCAGCAGCGUGCGGGGAACUCAGGUUCUAGAGGGGGCGGCUCUGGUGGUGGUCGCAACAACAACAACCGCCGUGGUGGUCGCCGUGGCAAUGGUCAGCAGCAGCAGCAAGCCGGCGGUCACUGGCAGCAGGCUGCCCAACCCGCUGGUCCAGGGUUCUGCUUCAGCCCAGCUGCUUUCCAGACUGGGCAGCGCCCUGCCUGGCACCCUCCUGGUGGUCCUGGCGUGCUCGGGCAAGCACCCCAGGCGCACACUGCCUUCGCGCCCCUGCAAUACUCCAUGUCGGCGCCCCCACCGCAGCAGCAGCAGUGGGAUCCUACUGCCCUGGUUGCUGCCCUGAACCAGAUGUCUAUGAACCAAGGCGGCGCACCUUGGGUCAUGGACACCGGCGCCACUGCCCACAUGCACUCCCACGACGGAUCCUCGGACCAGUCGGGUGAUGCUUCGCUGCAAUAGCUCCGGCGACCUCUACACCUUCCCUGCCGCCUCCCAUCAAGCUUAUGCCGCCUCAUCCGAUGUCGCCCUCCUGUGGCACGGUCGUCUGGGUCAUCCUAGUCCAGCAGUUUUCACUCGCCUCAAGCAUUUAGUCCCCUGUAAUAAGAGUCUCACUAGCAUCUGCCAUGCCUGUCAGCUUGGCAAACAUGUUCGUCUUCC